GAGGAUUUGGACACCACAUCUUUCGUCUACUUGAGUGAAGAUGAACGCUUUUUGGUCGCGCAAGUGCCGAAUGUGUUGCACAUCCCCAAUGGAGGGGAACUGCCGCCUAGAAGGCAUUUUCCCCUAAAGGGCAACCCCGUUCAACGGGGGCUUCUGGCAUUAGACAGGUCAAGCUUGACGGGCUCCAUCUAGCACUGAUCGCUCCCCGUAGCUGAUUCCCCUCGAACUAUGCUUUCGAUUUUCGAUUUCUGCUUGUUCCUUGAUGAUGAGCGAUCCAAAGUUCAGGAAAUGGAUCGUGACAGGUUGCCACCACUUGAAAACCUCCUAUUCCGGCAUUUACCCGGUAGAUGACCUGACAGCCCUCUUUCAGAAUGCUCUGAAUGAGAUGGACAUGCCAUUCAACAAGCGUGCAAAUCCCUAUUCAACCUGCUCUUCCUUCGCCAUCGACCCUCAGAAUGUUGCAAAUUCCAUUGUUUACAUAAGCAGAACCAGUGCUUAGUAACCGAAUAACCUUAUCCACAGAUCAUAGAUCCCAGGUAACUGCCGUGGGGAAACUUGAACUUUUUGUUGAGGAAAUGUCGCGAAGGACCAGUAUAACGUGUGAGCACCUGGCACCCCCAUGUCUGUGUUCGCACAACACAACCUCACAUGAAGGUGACCAUGACCAAACACCGGGCAAAACGGGCGAGUCGCGAACCUCGUGGGCUUCGAUGAGCAGCAAUGGCUCCACAGCAUCCUCUUCUGACCGACACCAAAAGAUGCCUUCGAAUACCUUUUACAAACGGACAUUGCCCUCCACAUGCACACCCUUCAACUCUGCAAAAGGUCGCUCUCUGUUUACCGGAGCGUUGACGGAAGGAUACAUGGAGACAUACUUUGCUCUAUCAUUGCAAUAUUUAACCCAGUCAGAGCCAGCAUAUUGUGGACUUUCUUCUCUUUGUAUGGUGCUGAACGCUCUUGAAAUUGAUCCCGGACGGCAGUGGAAAGGCGUUUGGAGAUGGUAUGAUGAGAGCAUGCUCGACUGUUGUAGACCUCUGGAAGACGUCAUGAAGAACGGAAUUACGUUGCCAGAGUUCGUAUGCCUAGCACGAUGCAAUGGACUAAAGGCGCACCUGAGAAGGGCAGACAAAAUCACGAAAGAGCAAUUUCUGGCCGAUUUAAAGCAAACGUCUCGCGAGCCAAAAGAAUUCUUGGUCGUAUCGUACGAUCGCGGAACUCUACAGCAGACUGGAACGGGGCAUUUUAGCCCGGUGGGUGGGUAUAACGAGUCAGAAGACAUGGUCUUGAUAUUGGAUGUCGCGCGCUUCAAGUAUCCAGCAUACUGGGUGCCGUUCGAUCUGCUCUGGCAAUCACUGCAACCGUGCGACACAACAACUGGGAAGCCAAGGGGCUAUGUCAUCCUCAAACGAGGAAAGCGUAGCUACGUGCAAUCCGCCCUCAGUCAGCUGGCCGUGAACCGCGAGUCUUGGCCUCGUUUGUCCAACAUCCUAUUCCAAGAACUCCCCAAGCGGUUUGCCACGUCACCACCCGAGAGCCCUGCUCAGUUCAUUUCCGUUGUUGUGGACGCCAUUCCCGAUGAGUAUGAUUCUGUGGUGGAAAAUCGCAUGCCGCUAUUUGUGGCUCCUUUUGCUGCAGAUGAUCAGGUGUUAACAGCAACCGCAGAUGGAACGAGCGUGGGACAAUGUGACCCACACCAGGUCGGCUGUGAAAACGUCCAGGCUACUCUGGAUGCAUACGUAGCCGGGCUCGAUGAUUUGUUGCACAAGCUUGCGGAAACCGAUCUGUAUCGGUUUGUGGCGGACUCAAUUGCGUCCAAGCGCAAGAUGCGAAAUAGAGAACAAAUUAUGGCUAUGGCGGCAGCUGCCAGCGCCAAAGCAGCUGCCGCUCUUGCCGCUCAGAAUGGUGAACCAACGGACGCAACUACCGAACCCACCUCAUCCACACCACCGAUCCUUAAACCUCUCUUCAUCGAGCGUACUUCCGCCAUGUCUUCUGCCCGUAUCUCUUCCCCACCAAUGUCUCCUCGUUACGCUGUCAUCAAUGCUACGCAAUCCUGUGUGUCCAGCCCUCGACUUAGCGGAAUUUUCACCCCUGAGCGAGCAACAUCGUCAUCCUCACUGUCACUAUCCCUUGCUAAUCUGCAUCCGCCUAACCAUCCAGUAAACGACUUCACUGCUUUCUUGACCAUGUUUUUGUUUGCCCUGUUUUCUUACAAGCCUUUCCAUGAAAAUUUGAGGGACGUGGACGCGGAUGGGGAUUAUGGUUUAUUAGAGCUACAGCAUCAGGAUCCACCGUCGCAGGAGGGAACCCGGAAUGGAAAAGCAAGUGGAGAGUUUAUGCCAAACGGCCGGAGGAUGUCUAUGGCUGAACGAGUUCGAGGUGUCGUCAACUUGGAUGUGGCAGGAAUUCAGGAUGUGAAUUUGCGAAUGGAGGUUGCUUUUUUGCGGGACCAAAUUGCUGCUUUGACAGAAUUGCAGAGUCAGGAUGCAAGUCGGGUUGCCGGUGUACCUACACCAUCAUCGGCGUCAUCUUCUCUUUCGGUUGACGCAAGUGUACCAUUGUUGACAGAUGCCAAUGCAAGCAAUGUUAAUAGUUCAUGACGAACUAGAGAAGCGAGGUGCAUGAAACCAAAGCUGUUACAGUAGCCCAUGGCUAGAACAUUCUGUAUUCAGUAUUUGCUCUAGUGCUGAAACGGCCCUUAUCACCUACUAUACACCAUCUCUAGAUAUUUUAUACAAAAAAGAUACAGAUUAUCGCUAAUAUGUAUCGCAUUAAACUUUGGCGGCAAAACUUCUCAACAAAGCAUCCUCUCCCCCGC